AUGACAGUUUCCUCCGAUCCCAUCCAUACGGAACAACUUUUGAUCGGCGGGGAUGAUGAAAUCGCUUCAACACCUUCAGUCAGAUACCGUUGGCCGUUGGGACGUGUUUUAAGAUUUAGAGGCGAAGACACUCGCCACAAUUUCACGGAAACUCUGUACAGAGAACUUACAAAAAAUGGUAUACGUACAUUUCGCGACGACGAGGAGCUGGAGAGAGGAGAGGAGAUCGCUCCGAGCCUUGUGGAUGCCAUCCAGGAUUCUGCAGCUGCUAUAGCUGUAAUUUCAAAUGAGUAUACUUCUUCAAGAUGGUGUCUUGAGGAGCUUGCCAAAAUAGUAGAGUACAAGAAGCUAAUGCUUCCGGUGUUUUUCAGGAUUGAUCCUUCGGAUGUCAGUGGGCAGAAAGGCCCAUUUGAAGAGGAUUUUGUGAAGUUGGAGCAGAGGUUUGGUGAAGAUCAGGUUGGUCGAUGGAGGAGAGCUAUGGAAAAGGCCGAUUAA